AUCAGCUGAUUGGGCGGUUCCAGUGAGGAGCAUCUUCGAUAUCCUCCGUCCUACUUUCUCAGAUCUGUGUGGAUUCCUUUGCAGAUGCCAACAUGAAGCUCUCGGGAUUCCUGGCUGUGCUUUUCCUCGUCUAUACUGAACGGAGCGGUUUCGGGAUGUGUCAUCCCAAACCGGCCUGUCGCUACCCACCCUCUCAGUGGUGUAGGUCCCUGGAAAUAGCGAUAGAAUGCAGGGUGGAGAAACAGUGUAUGGAGGUUAAUGCUACCAGGCCAAACCAGGCUGUCCCUGGAGUAUCUGUCACACUGUACUAUGAGAGUCUGUGUCCAGACUGCAGAGAAUUUAUCACCCAGCAGCUUUUCCCCACCUGGACAAUGCUGCAGGACAUCAUGGCUGUCACACUGGUGCCCUAUGGGAAUGCUAAGGAGCUUCGCUCAGCAAACUCUCCCUUCACCUGUCAGCACGGAGAGCCUGAAUGCAGAGGAAACAUGAUCGAGGCCUGCAUCCUCCAUUUAACCGAACACUCUCUCGCAUUUCACAUCAUCUACUGCAUGGAGGCAUCUGCAGAUGUUCUGAGCACUGCACAGUCUUGUCUCCGGCUGUAUGCUCCCUCUGUGCCCUGGUCCAGAGUUGACUCGUGUGUCAAAGGAGAUCUGGGAUACCAGCUGAUGCGUGCCAACGCUCUUAUGACCAGAGCCCUGAACCCUGCACACACACAUGUGCCCUGGAUCACCUUCAAUGGGGAAUACACAGAAGAGAAUGAAGACAAGGCAAUGUCGUCCCUUUUCCAACUGGUUUGUCGUCUCUACAAGGGGGUGAAACCUCCAGCCUGCACUGGAGCUCCGGUCCGGCUCGACAGAAGCGUCUGCUGAGCAUGAAAAAAGUUGAAACUGAAAGUUAUGUCAGUCCUACAGGAAAACAGCCAAAUGUGACACAUUAAAUUAGCCAUACUAAUGUUUA